AUGAGGACACUCUUCGUGGAGGUGCCCCUUGGCAACCGUUUUUUGUGCCCCCCACCCUGCCCACUAGCAAAGCCCGGGAAGUCGCCUCACCGCUACAAAAACCUGAAAAAUCUGCGGAAGCACGCCCGCGACCACCAUCAAGUAACAUGUGUGACGUACGUGUGCCGGGUAUGCAGACGGACCGACAAGGAGACAGAGACGUGCGUCAACCAUUCCAAAAACCACCUUCUGCAGGCACAUGGCCUCGCCUGGGAGGACACCGGGCUGCCCCGAACGCGCUGCUCCUGGCGCCUGGCAGACAUCGCCGGGCAAUCUCCACCACCCAGCCCGGAGAGCCCAUUGCCGGACCAGCCAGCCCCUGGAAGUCAGGCAGCCACUCCGUCACCAGUGCCUGGCGGGUUGCCGCGCGCCUCCUCGCAGGCGUCGGGCCCAAGGACGAGCCCGGUAGCCUACGUAAGGCCGUUCCGUCGCUCUCCAGGCGCACCCCCACCUCCACCGGAGCAGAACAAAUCACCACCGGCUGCCCUGCAGGUUCCUCCCGCAGCUGCAGGUGUGACACCUAUCCAGCUCACUCCAGAGGUGCGCCAACAACUAAGCGCUGGAUUCGCUGCUAUGAUGCGCAGGGUCCAGGCGGGUGCACCACCUGCAGCAACGCCUCAUAGAGCACCACCAGGCCUUCAGUCCGCAACAUCUGUGGCGUCCCGGCUGCGCCGCGCACACCUUGGUGCACGUACGCCGCCUGCUCUGCGCCGCUCACCCAUCAUCAGGAGCGUGCUGCUGCCUUCACCUCCACCCAUCCAGGCAGCACCAGUCAGCAGGACGGUGCAGUUUACGCCACCUGCAGGCGUAGCUCCUCACACCACCAGCUCCCCGGGACGCUCCUCGCCGGGCUGCAGCCAGCAGCCCGAGCCAACCCACGUAAGUCCACCACCUUCCGGCUUUGGCUUCAUUCCGGAGUCACCGUCGGAGAGGCCACCAAACCGAUUCCAGGCCCAGUGGGUUGGGAAGCUCAAGGCGUGUCAAAACUUCGCCGAGCUUGAGGACGUCAUCGGGGAGCUCACCAAGGUGCUGCAACCACCACCUAAGCCCCAGCGCCCAGGCGGCCGUCAGCGGGGCAGGGGGGGCCGUGACCCCAAACAGGAGGCAAAGCGCAUUCAGCAGCUGUACAAAAAGAAUAGAAAGAAGGCUAUGCGGGACAUUCGCCAGUUGGACUCCCCACUUUGCGAGGUCCCUGGCGACGAGGUCGCAAACCACUUUGAGGAGGUAUUUAAAGAGACCAUCACCGUGCUGCCGCCUCCUCCUGCCUCUGCUGUUCUACCCCCCACUCAGCGCCAGGAUCCAGUGCUAGUUGCCAACAUCGACAGAGAAACCAUCACUGCACGCCUAGCACGUUGCAGCGAAACAUCCCCUGGCGCUGAUGGGAUAACAUACUCAACAAUCAAGCGCAAGGAUCCCGGUGCUCACAUGCUUGCUGAGGUCUACAAUGCCUGCCUGCGUUACAAGCGCAUCCCAGCAGCAUGGAAAGAGUCUCGCACCAUACUACUACACAAGAAGGGGGACAAGGGCGAUCUCGGCAACUGGCGCCCGAUUGCCCUGUCCUCCUCUCUCUACAAGAUCUACUCCGGGAUCCUUGCAGACCGCCUGGGCCGCUGGGCAGCUUCCACGGGAGCUGUAUCCAAAGUCCAGAAGGGUUUCAUGCCGGCGGAGGGGUGUCUCGAGCACAACUUCAUCGUUCAGCAAGCUAUUGAUGAAGUGAGGGAGUCCGGCCGCGAACUUACCAUCACGUGGCUGGACCUACGGAACGCCUUUGGGUCCGUUCCCCACACAGUUAUACUCGAGAUGCUCCGUCGGCACGGCGUCCACGAACACCUAGUAGACGUCGUGCAAGAUGCAUACCAAGGCUGCACGACAAACUUCUCAACAGCGUCUGGCGAGACCCGCUUCGUGCCAAUGGCUUCAGGAGUUAAGCAAGGUGACCCCCUGAGCCCCAUCACCUUCAACCUGGCACUGGAGGUGCUCAUCAGAAGCCUCCUCGUCCUCGCCAGACUGCACGGGUUCCUACUCCACGACGAGCCCAUCGUGUGCCUUGGUUAUGCGGACGACCUGGUCGUCACAGCCAAGAGUGCCGCCGACAUGCAGACCCUUCUGGACAUCAUUGGGGAGGUGGCCACUUGGACCGGCCUCCAGUUCAAUGCGGCCAAGUGCGCCACCCUCCACAUUGUAAAGAAGAAGGCCCAGCUGGAGACGCUGACCUUCAUCCAGGGCGCACCCAUCCCGACCUUGGCCGACGGGGAUGCCUACCAACACCUUGGCGUCCCCACGGGGCUGCGAGUAGACCAGACCCCGGAGGCGACCAUCGAGGCCAUGCUUCAUGACAUCGGGAGCAUCGAGCGCAGCCAACUGUCUGACUGGCAGAAGCUGGACGCGCUCCGCACCUUCGUGGUCCCUCAAGCACAAUUCAGCCUCAUGACGGCCAAGGUCCAGAAGCAGGCCUUCGCGGAGCUCGACCGGGAGGUGAAGCGCGUUGCUAAGGCAGCCCUUCACCUUCCCCAACGCGCCAGCGCCGAGCCCGUGUACUUGCCGCCGCACAAGGGGGGUGCCAACCUACUCCCCCUUGGUGACCUCGCAGACAUCGGGGCCAUCGUGCACGCCUUCAAGGUACUCACCUGCCCGGACCCCCUCGUGAGGAAAAUCGCCGAGACCAGCGCAAAGAAAACCGUCAGGCGCCUGCUCGGACACCAUCCAUCCAACCCCGAGCUGGCGGAGGUCCUCUCAGGGGGCCCAACACCAAGAGGCGUGCACAACGCAUCAAACAUCUGGACGGCGGCAAGAAACGCUUCGCGGAGGCUAAGCAACAAAAUACAUGGCUUCAAAUGGGGAUGGAGUGCGUCGCUGGAGCGCCUCGAAGUCCACGUGCCCUUCCCCGGCAAGCCGGUGGAGAGCGCCAUCGUAGACUCAGAAUCCCGCAAACUUCUCCACCACAAGCUGCGGCAAGGCCUUCAACACCAUCACCUUGUCUCCCUCGUCAGCAAGCCCGACCAGGGGAAGGUCUAUGCCGCAACCUGUCGCGACCCCGCCUCCAACCACUUCUACGGCUCGGGUCAGCAGAUGCGGUUCUGCGAUUGGCGCUUCAUCCACCGGGCCCGCCUAGGGGUGUUGCCACUCAACGGGUGCGUCCGCGGCAUCGCGGGGCGUGACAGAUCCUGUCGUGCCUGCGGCCACCCCGACGAAACCACAGCGCACGUCCUCAACCACUGCUUCGCCAGACACUCGCUCGCCAUCAACAACCGGCACCGGGCCAUCCUCAAGGACGUCCUGGAGGUCAUGAGCGAGGACGUGCGCCGCAACACCCGAGUAGAGAGGUGCAUCGCCGGGUCGGGUAGCGCUGACAAACCGGACAUUGUCGUCAUGAACAACACCACUAAGACGGCACUCAUCGUUGAUAUCUGCUGUCCGUUUGAAAAGCGCUACCACGCCCUAGAAGUGGCCCGGCGAUACAAGGAGGACAAAUAUGAACAUCUCGUCCAGCACCUCCGGGGCCGGGGCUUCGAGGCGUCGGCUGCCGCCAUCGUGGUCGGCAGCCUGGGAUCAUGGGACCCAGCUAACAACCCCAUUCUCACCAAGCUGGGGGUCCCAAAGUUCCGCCAGAACAAACUCAAGAGGAAGUGCGUGUCAGACGCCAUCCGGUGGUCUAGGGACAUUUACGUUGAGCACGUAACUCAGCAACGUCAAUUUACCCAAAAUGUCACCCUACCAGCCUGCUAG